AUGGGGUCAGAGGGAGUAUUACAGCAUUUAGAAUUAUUAAGAAGAAGCAAAUCGGUAGGCGAACAUCGUCAUAAGGAAACAAUAUUGGAAAGAUCCGUCUCUUCCCGUUCCAAGUUUCCUGAUCAUAAAAGGGCUAGAGUCUCAGCCGUUCGUGAUUUUCCACCGGGGUGUGGACGUCUUACUGAGUUGACAACUUCAGCUGGUACUUCUGGUGUGGCUAGGAAACAUCAUGUAGGAGCCGUGCGAGAUUUCCCUCCUCAGUGUGGGAGAAGUACAACUCUAGAAGCUAGAAAUUUUGAUCAAGUGCGGCUGGUUAAGGGUGACAAACCACCACCACCAUCAAACACUACAAAGACUAAUGUGCAAAAACCAGGAGCUCUGCCGGAUGUUAAGCAUUCCUAUACUUCAUGGUGGAGGGGUAAAGUCGCCCAGAGGCCUAAACCAAAUGGAGGUACGAGCACAAUAAAAAAGCAACCUCAGUUAGAUGUUCUGCCACAAAAAUCUCAGAACGACCGAGAGAAUAUUAGAGGAAAGUCUACAAACUUUCGUGCUGCUAGCCUUCGUAACAGUGACAACUCUCUCAUUCGGAAGAAAGUGACAGAGACAUUGAGUCGAUUCAGAGAUCUUUGUAUCGAGAUAGAGCGUAAGAAGUUGAGGGAAGGAGCAUCUUCUCCCAGAAGGAUUUAUUACAAAGCUUUAAAGAUGCUCAAGGAAGAAAGAGGAUUCGUAAACACAGGAUCACAAAUCAUGGGAGAAGUCCCGGGUGUGGAAAUUGGAGAUAAGUUUAGGUAUAGAGUUGAGCUCACCAUUGUUGGUUUACAUCGCCAGACCGAAGGUGGGAUAGACUAUACAUAUUUUGGUAGGGAGUCGCUUGCUACCAGUGUUGUGGCAUCUGGGGGCUAUGCUGAUGAUAUGCACGACUUGAACUCCUUAACUUACACCGGCCAUGGCGGAAGUGUGAUGCAUCAUAACCUACCUGGACAUCAAGAGCUUAAACGUGGAAACCUAGCUUUGAAGAAUAGUAUCGAAACAAAGAAUCCUGUUCGGGUGAUAUACGGUUCUGAUUCUUUAGGUGGAAGUAAGAAUUAUGUAUAUGUUGGAUUAUAUUCAGUGGAGAAGUUUUGGAAGGAAAUGGGGGGUCACGGAAAGUUUGUAUACAAGUUUCAACUGAACAGAAUUCCCGGCCAGAGCUCUAUAUCGCUUGGUAGACAUAAACUCUAG